AAAAAGCUUACUUACUUCUCAAUCCAUAACCAACACACUACAAAGAUGCCUCCUAAUCACUUUCUUUCCCUUUUCCUUCUGUUCCUCUUGAAUGGCCACAUCAUUGGAGCAAGAGAUUUAAAGUUCGAACAACGAGAUCAGAAACAAGUGGAAUGGCACAAAGCUACAUCAGUGUCCAACGACGAGUCUUACGGUCAAGGGUAUAUAACGUUAACUCCAGAAUCCACUGAACCUAAUUAUAUAGCUUCAUACACUGCUAAGAAACACAACCAUCACCAUGAAAAGCUCCACCAGCCUUACACAACCUACGAUUCCAAUGCACCUUACAUAGCUGGGUACACUACUAGUUCCCAUGUGACCCAUAAUCAUCCCAAUUACAUUGCAGGGUAUAGGACUAAAACCCAUGAUUCAAAUGCACCUUACAUAGCUGAGUACUCCCAUGUGACCCAUAAUCAUCCCAAUUACAUUGCAGGGUAUAGGACUAAAACCCAUGAUUCAAAUGCACCUUACAUAGCUGAGUACUCCCAUGUGACCCAUAAUCAACCCAAUUACAUUUCAGGGUAUAGGACUAAAACCUCCUAG